CAACUUCAGGUCGUGUCUCUUCAGUGUUUCAUCGCAAAAAUCCUCCACGCGCAAUGUUGGCAAAUUUGUGAAGAAAAUGUGAAUUUUCUCCCUUUUCUUGUGGUUUUUCUUGAUCAAAAUAAGUGUUGAAUUUGUAAUCUAGCCGAUAUGAGUACGAUUUUAGAGAAAAUCGCGGCCAUUGAGUCGGAGAUGGCCAGAACUCAGAAGAACAAAGCCACGGCCGGUCACUUGGGCUUACUAAAGGCUCGUCUGGCUAAAUUGAGGAGGGAACUUAUCACCCCAAAGGGUGGCGGAGGUGCUAGCGAGCAGGGUUUCGAGGUGGCUAAAACGGGUGAUUCCCGGGUGGGAUUUGUGGGCUUUCCAUCAGUUGGGAAGUCCACUUUAUUGUCUAACCUGGCUGGGGUAUACUCCGAAGUGGCAGCCUAUGAAUUCACAACUCUGACUACUGUUCCCGGAUGCAUUAAAUACAAGGGCGCUAAGAUUCAGCUAUUGGAUUUGCCUGGGAUCAUUGAAGGUGCAAAAGAUGGUAAAGGUCGUGGUCGACAAGUGAUUGCUGUCGCCAGAACAUGCAACUUGAUCUUCAUGGUUCUUGAUGUCCUGAAGCCAUUGCAUCAUAAGAAGCUCCUUGAACAUGAAUUGGAAGGCUUUGGCAUUCGACUGAACAAGCAACCACCCAACAUUCAUUUCCGCAAGAAAGAUAAAGGUGGCAUCAAUCUCAAUGCAACUGUAGCUCAGUCGGAACUCGAUCUGGACACCGUAAAGACCAUCCUAUCCGAAUAUAAGAUCCACAAUGCCGAUAUUACUUUACGCUAUGAUGCUACUAGCGAUGACCUCAUUGACGUCAUUGAAGGAAAUCGCAUUUACAUCCCAUGCAUCUACCUUCUCAACAAGAUCGAUCAGAUUAGCAUUGAGGAAUUGGACAUCAUCUACAAGAUUCCCCAUUGUGUUCCCAUUUCUGCCCAUCACCGUUGGAACUUUGACGAUUUGUUGGAACUAAUGUGGGAAUAUCUUAAACUCAUUCGUAUCUAUACGAAACCCAAAGGACAGCUCCCGGACUACAGUUCUCCCGUUGUUCUGCACUCUGAAAGGACCUCAGUGGAGGACUUUUGUAACAAACUCCAUCGAUCCAUUGCCAAGGAGUUCAAGUAUGCCCUUGUGUGGGGAUCAUCAGUGAAGCAUCAACCGCAGAAAGUUGGCAUCGAUCACAUAUUAAAUGAUGAAGAUGUGGUUCAGAUUGUCAAAAAAAUCUAAAAUAAAUGAAAAUAAAACAAGAGAAGAUAAUA